UGGGCGGGAGAGGAAGCGGCUGGUGAUGCUGGAACAAACAUGGCCGCUCCGGCCGCUGGCGGCCUCUCAGGCUCCCGCUGGCCGCGGCUGACCGCUGGCCUCCGGCUGCUCCCGCUCCUGGGACUGCUGCAGCUGCUGGCCGAGCCCGGCCUGGGCCGCGUCCACCACCUGGCGCUCAAGGACGAUGUGAGGCAUAAGGUUCAUCUGAACACCUUUGGAUUCUUCAAGGAUGGGUACAUGGUGGUUACAGUCAGUAGCCUUUCAGUGAACGUGCCUGAAGGAGCCGCAGACAAGGAGCCCGUUAUUGGAUUCACCCUGGACCGCACAAAGAAUGAUGGAUUUUCUUCUUACCUGGAUGAAGAUGUGCAUUACUGCAUUUUAAGGCAGCAGGUUGUCUCUGUCACCCUUCUAGUCGUAGACAUCUCCAAGAGUGAAGUGAAAAUACGAUCUCCACCAGACACUGAUACCCAGUUACCAAAGAUCAUCUUGAGCAAGGAUGAGAAAGUCGUUGGCCAGAGCCAGGAGCCUGGUGUUCCCCCGGUCUCGGCAGGCAACCAGACUCAGAAAAAACAAGACAGUGGAAAGUUUACAAGAAGUACAGUGGAUUCAAAGGCAACAGGAGAGAAUUCCUUUUCUAUUCAUAAUAAGGGUGGAGCAGUUUCAUUUCAGUUUUUCUUUAACAUCAGCACCAAUGACCAAGAAGGCCUCUACAGUCUGUAUUUUCAUAAAUGCCUUACAAAAGAAGUUUCAUCUCAUAGCAAGUUUUCAUUCAACCUUGAUAUUGAGAUCACAGAGAAGAACCCUGACAGCUACCUCUCAGCAGGAGAGACCCCUCUCCCUAAAUUAUACAUUUCUAUGGCCUUUUUCUUUUUCCUUUCUGGGACCAUCUGGAUUCACAUCCUUCGAAAACGACGGAAUGACGCAUUUAAAAUUCACUGGUUGAUGGCGGCCCUUCCCUUCACCAAGUCUCUUUCUCUGGUGUUCCAUGCAAUCGACUACCACUACAUCUCCUCCCAGGGCUUUCCCAUCGAAGGCUGGGCUGUGGUGUACUACAUCACUCACCUUUUGAAAGGGGCACUGCUGUUCAUCACCAUCGCGCUCAUUGGCACCGGCUGGGCUUUCAUUAAGCACAUCCUUUCCGAUAAAGACAAAAAGAUCUUCAUGAUUGUCAUCCCACUCCAGGUGCUGGCGAAUGUGGCCUACAUCAUCAUAGAGUCCACCGAGGAGGGGACGACGGAGUACGGCUUGUGGAAGGACUCUCUGUUUCUGGUUGACCUGCUGUGCUGUGGAGCCAUCCUCUUCCCAGUGGUAUGGUCAAUCAGGCAUUUACAAGAAGCAUCAGCAACAGAUGGAAAAGCCUCUCCCCUCCCUCAGAUGAGGAGGAAUAGUGCCCAUUACACCCUUUCGUCACCGGACUCUGCGCAAUGUAGCACUGCUAUUAACUUAGCAAAGCUGAAACUUUUCAGACAUUAUUACGUCUUGAUCGUGUGUUACAUAUACUUCACCAGGAUCAUCGCAUUUCUCCUCAAACUUGCCGUUCCGUUCCAGUGGAAGUGGCUCUACCAGCUCCUGGAUGAAACGGCCACGCUGGUGUUCUUUGUUCUAACGGGGUAUAAAUUCCGUCCAGCUUCAGAUAACCCCUACCUACAACUUUCUCAGGAAGAGGAUGACUUGGAAAUGGAAUCUGUAGUGACGACGUCAGGGGUGAUGGAGAAUAUGAAGAAAGUCAAGAAGGUGACCAACGGCUUGGUGGAGCCCCAGGGCGACUGGGAAGGCACCGCGUGAUGGAGCAGCUCUGAGCUGGCACUGUCAAAGGAAACGUCUGAUUUAUUCAUAGUCCUAUUGGUGAGCAAGAGCAUCUGGCACCUGCCGACAGUGACACCACAGAGCACGUGGCUGGGAGCAAAGUGCCACGGAAGCCUAAUUUUUUACUCUCUUUUAUGGAAGCUGGAUCUGUGGCUGGUUAUAGGCAGCUAGAAUCCUCCUUCAGGUGGGCGUGGUGGGGAGGGAGAGUGGAGAGGAGGAAGAUAAAAGGAAGACUGUCUUUUUAACAUAUAUUUCUUUUUUCUUUUAACCGGGAACUCUUAAGGGCUCUUCAGUUGUGACCCAAGUGUGCGGCAGCACUGAAAGGAACGUUGGGGGACCUGGGAGGAGGGCGGAGGGGUGUGUCUGAAGCCGCUCACGGCCCAGGAACGGGGCUCCAGGAAAUGAGCGAGUGUGGAGUGAGGAUCUGGGGACUAAGAUGGGAACUGGAGAGCAGCACUGCACCCUUGGGGACAAAAAUGAAGGAAGUUCGCUUAUUUUAGAAAGCAAAGUGAAACCCCAAUUUAGCAUCUAGAGCCUGCCCAGGACUCCUGGCCCUGAAACGUGCCCCAGGCCUCUACCCCACAUUCUGAAAAUGACCAGGAACCAGCAGCUCUGGAGGCACGUGGUCUCUUCCAGAAGGUCUCUGUCAUCUGAGGGCUAUAAUGUCAGGCAGUCGUGGCCCUGGGACACCACACAGCCCAGCUGGUGGGAAGUGCUUUUCUUGAUUGAAGCGUGUUCUCUGUUGCCGAAUGGAUGGACGGAAAUGUGUUUUUAAGCUCAAAAAGCAUUCCCCUCCAGGAUUUCCCUGAACGUCUGGCCCCCGGACCACCCAGAGCAGCAGCAUCUCUCGUGUCCCCCUCUCCCCGCAGCUGUGUCUGUUUUGUGUGAUCAGAUAUGGGGGGAAAAGGGAAGGAAUUUUCCUUAAAGGAGCAGCUCGGGGCAGAAAGGGUAAUGUAAAGCAAAUGCUUAAGUACAAGCAAAUUAUCACCAUUAAAAAGCUUUUCCUAUAAGCCAGGUAGGAUUUCUAAACGGAGGAGUGAAGCAGACCUGUCCCUGUGUUCCAGGAGUGUGGAUGCGGGAAACGGAGUGUGAGUGCACGGCCUUUCACUCCCCAGGACCAGGGGCGGCGUCUUUCACGGGAGCUCAGUGAGCUUCCCUCCAGGCUGUGAGAGCUCGGAGAUGAGCACGGGAGCGGCCCGAAGUGAACAGUGUUGCAACUCGUGACUAAGUCAUUAGGAUAAUGGGACAGUCUCAGAAGGUCCUCUGUGACCGAGGGCCAACAAGGGCUUGGUGGUAACUUCCCACUAUGCUUUUUAGUCACCUGGGCCCAAAACUGGACUGAAACAUGGCCGCAUCAGAAAAGCUGCCUAAUGCUGGGGUGCCGGCUGGAUUUGGGGCCCUUCCGAUUCCCGGUGUCAGAAACCGGAGCCCUCCCCUGCCUGGGCUUGGCAGUGAGCUGGCCCUGCAGGGGACAGGGACAGUCUCUGGUGGUGGUUUUCUUACCUCCAGCUUGGGAGGGUCAGUCAGAGACCACAGGAUUCAGGGGUGGCGCUCAAUAUCCCACACUCGGGGACCUGGAGAGUCUCUACUUAGAAGAGACGUUUUCCCUCUCCUGGGCCGUUUUCACCUCCUAACUGAGCUGUGAGGAAGCGAGCGUUCUUUCCCUGUGCUCUGCCAGCCUGUCCUUCACAGCCGCAGUCCUUGCUAGGCCUGCAGCAAGAGGAGGCAUCUUCAAGGCCAUUGCUGCUCGCCUGCCCACAGAGGCUUCAGGGAAUGGUUCACGUGUCUCCCCGGCUUCAGGAGCAGGGAAAUAUGCCUGAAGUAUUAAUUUAGGGGGCUUUUUUCUUUCUUUUAAGUUAACUUGGAGCUGUGUGACAGGAGAAGGAAGUUGCAGGGAGGAUGGGAAUAUGUGUGAGACUUAGUUUUCCUGUGCGUGAACACAGUAGCAGUGCUUCAGAAGCGUGUUCGUGCUGUGGCCCAGACUCCCUUGGGUGCUUCCCUCAGAGGGACACGUUUGCUGUUUGUCCUGCAAGCAGCUGGUCUUGACCAGGCCGUAGACUUCUUGGCAAGAACAAAAGGUGUGACGAAACCUCCCCCCCUAGAAAGGAUCCCCACAGAGGUGUCCUCAUUUCACGUGCUAGACGCAAGGAAGCAAGUGAGUGAAGGAGCGAGAGAGGACAAGAACAUGUGGGGGCCAGCACCGGGCUCCGGCCUGACUGCUGCUCCCGGCGCCGGCCUGGCUCCUGCCCUUUCUCCGGCAGACCCCUGAGCCUCUGCAGUCACGCGAGGGCAUGAGCCAGGGCGCUGAGCUGCUCUGGGGGUGGGGCGAGCUUUCCAUCCGUGGUUACCUCUAGGCUCACUCACAGAACAGCUGAGUGGCUGCAGUGUGAUGGUCCCCUUCUGGGACAGGAAGGUACAGAUGAGAUAAGAUAGCGGUUUAGGAAUCAAGGCUGGCCACAGCCUUCCUAACAAGCAGGUUGUCUGCCUAUAUUCUAUAUCUUAACUGGCAGAAGGUUUGGAAUCAAGCUGAUGGUCAAGAAAAAUCAAAACCCCAGCCAGAGAUUGGGAAACAGGUGGUGGUUCAGGUUUUGACAAAAUUGUUCACACUCUGCAGCCUGUUCUGUAAAAAUCUCCUCUCCUUUUCCGUCGCUUAAUAGCUGUGGCCAGCCUUCAGCUCUGCUCUUGAGUAGAGAUGACUGAUUGGGGUCCAAAGCCAAAUAGUUUGAGCUGCUGACAAGCCCCCUUCUUGCAGCCUGAGUCUCACAGGCGCCCGGGAUCCCUGUGCGGCCGUGUUCCCACGGUUAAGCCGUCAGGAUUUCAGGGAUUGGGCAGAAAGGAUUGGGUGCACAUCCUGGAGCGCGCAGUGGUAUUUAUAGCUUCGCUUUGUGCUCCUGCUCCGUUUCUGCCUACACAAGAUAUCCAAGCUUCCUUUCUGAAAUCUGCCGUGGACUGGAAGUGCUGCUGGCUGGGAAACCUUAGGAAGUAAGGACCUGUUUUCCUUUAAUGAAGUGUGUCUAUUUUGCUAGAAAAUUACUUCUUGGACAAUAAGAACAAUCAUUGAUCUCUUAAUCCUGACUCUUAACAGUGUCCAAAGACUUGGUCAGCCUGUUUCUUGGUCCCUCAGUGCUUUAAAAUUUCAACAGCAGUGCGUUUUAUACGCUGAAUGUGCCUGUUGAGUUGGUGGCCCAUUCUCCCGUAAGGAGAAGCCUGCUCUAGUGUAAGAGGUAGCUUCUCAGAUCAUAACCUGAGUCAGUGCAGUUUUCCUUCAAGAAACCGCUUUAGAGUAAAAUUUCCAGGUUUUAUUUUCCCUGGACACGUCCAGCCAGCUCAGGCAGCACUCAGUCUCAUCAGAAGUCCACUCGUGACCGUCAGGGCGACGUUUCCUCUCCUGCGUUAUGAUCUCAUCAGAAUGUCUGCUCUCUGGUUCCACACCCUGGCGCCCUGCCCCCCCCGCCCCCACCUAUCGAUUCCCCACAGGCUCGGGCUGGGCCGCGAGCUUUGGUGCAUUGCAGCGUUUUCUCCCAGCAGCUCUGGGAAGGAUGUGUUUUCUGAGCUGAGGAGAAUUUCUUCAAGAAAGUCCGUCGUAAUACCGUAGAUUAUUGCUUUGGGCCAUGUGUAAUGUUCUUGCCCUGCACUAGAAUGUGUGUCUUGUGUUAGUACCUAAGCGCCUGCCACCAGGAGCUGGUCCUUCCAGACCAGGGAAGAGUGUGAGACGCCUAUCUUAACUGCCAGUGGCGUUCUGGCCGUCUCCCCCGUCCUGAAGCACUCUCUUUGAGGAAGGCCCUUAGAACGCUGGACAGUCUGACGAGGUUGUUGGCGCUCCUCCAUCCCCUAGGGAGAACGGCAGAACCGUUCAUGCUCUAUGCUGCCAGCUGCUGAGUUUCAGAGGCAGCAGACCCCAGCCCACUCCUCCACCUUUUCCACACUCCACACCUUGUCCCUUUGCUUUGCUCUGACCCACCCCAGGCCUUUUAACAGAUUCGGAAUUGGCUGAGUCCAGGAUGCCCGUGCUGUUUUUCCCUGUAGGAUUCAGUAAAUUCAUGGCUUCCCCACUAAAGACGUUAGACUUUGACUUGAUCUCUCUUGGUUGAUCAAAAAGGUGUUUGUCUGGAAUAUACAUGUUCUAAAAGAUCUGCUCUUUAUUCCAGUUUUCUCUAGGGUGUUUUUGGCAUGAAGUCCUUAAAAGAGAUCCGCCUGAGUUGAGGCUAAUACUUGUCACCACCUGGAAUGUAGUUAUUGAUCAGCAAGUUGAACACUCCACAUUCCCCAGGGGCCUCUUUAGUAGCCUGGUGAUGCAUCUGUGCCCUUUCUGCAUGGUUUACGCUUGAAAAAUAGAGACUGUUUCUCUCUGGUUUCCUGUUAGGGCGUGGGACAUGCGUAUCCUCUGAGAUGCUGUGUGAGGAAAGCACACUGAGGGAGAGCACGGAGGGGCCAGGGCAAGGAUUUGGUUGUGUUGCCCCAGGGAGCUGCAGGAUUUCUGGUGGCAGGAAGUCUGCAGGCAGGCCACCCGGGAAGGAGGAGUCGUGGGUAAAGUCAGUGCAGGUCAAAGGGAGACAGGAAAGCGAACUCACUCGCAGUGAGCUCAUUUUGAGGCGAGCUUCGGGUUUUUAUGGUGGGCGGUUACAGGGGCUCCAGAGGGGCAACCGUCUUAGCAUUUCAGAUACUUAGUACAAAAAGAUCCAAAGAUCUUGUCCACACAGUGCGUUUCUUGACAUCUGAAGCAGCUUUUGCAGAUCAUAAAUUGGAUUCACUAGUCCUAUGACCUCAGAAGUCGGACACGUCUAAACCAGAAAUAAGUUUCGUUUGGGGGAGAAAAUGUCUGUAAAUAUCACUUGCUUUCCAGGUUAUAUUGGGAUGCAGAAGGAGCUUUCAGUAUUUUUUUGAACACUAAUGAUCAUAGAAGAGUAUUUAUGUAAACCUCUAGCGGGCGGGGUUCUGAUCAGGGUGAUGUAUGGGAUGGAUUCUCUUGCUGUGAUGCAAACAUGUAAAAUAAAGAUUCUGUGACGGAAUGUA